CAAACUGAUUUAGCGAUACGAUGCUCUUCACCAUUCAGAUGUGAUUCAAUGCGCAUCCUGUCAUCUUAUAGGAGCGGAUACUGUUCGGAGAGAUUAGAAGUAUAGUUUGAACAUUAGAUUGUGUAGAAAGAGUCGGAGUAACCAGGAGAAGAUAACAUGGGCAGCUUCAUCGGCCAUGCGUACCCGGGCUCCAUCUUCCUGCUUCUGGCUCUUUGGUGGACGAUACAAAUGCUACAGCGGUACUUUCGGUGCAGAAAGUUUGGUACGGAGUAUAUGGCAACCGUGAUGCAUAAAAGUUAUUCCCUUCCCAAAGUUCCAGUUGAACCAAUUUUAAAGAUAUCUCUCAUAUUGUUUGGAAUCGUCGGCGAAAUUAUCCAAGGACAUCUAAAUAACGAGUUCGCUCCUAAAAACUGGCACCAUGCAACCAUGUUUAUGUUUUUCGGACUUUCCGGAUUAAUAGAUAUGCUGGUUCACUACGAUUUCAAGCUCCCCAAAAACGUAGACUAUGCAAUUUUCAUACUCUCUAUUGCCGUUGAAGGUUUUUUAUUUUUCUGGCACGUGCACGGAAGGGAACCAGUUGAUGUGUGCGUGCACAAACUCUUAGUGUUCGCCAUUUUUCUUGCAUUUUGUGCAACCAUGGCAGAAAUGUGCUUUCCUUACAGCAUUUUAGCCUCACUAGCGCGACCAUUCUUCUUUUUUCUGAAAGGAACAUGGUUUUGGCAGAUUGGUUUCACCCUGUACGGUCCAUUUCCGGUAUCUAGCGGAGAUAACCAUGACCAGAUGAUGAUCGCGGUCUAUUUCACGUGGCAUGUGGCUGCCAUUUUCCUCUUCAUGUUUGCUCUGGGUAUCGUGGUUUUCUCUUUACAAAACCAUGGAAGCGGGUAUACAAGAGUGUCCUGUAACGAAGAAAGGGUCAGUCUUGUAGAGAAAGACAGUGUAGAAAAAAAUAUCGAAACAUGACGAGGAACACUUGCUUACCUUUACCAAGUCAUGUGUAUUGUAGUACAAUGUAGUAAUGAAAUGUAAGUAAUGUAGUAAUGAAAUGUUUGUUAGUGCAAAUUUUAUGUUUACGGCCAUUAUUAAAUGUUCACUACCCUAAAAUGUGUUUAUAUGGUUUGUAUUUAGAAGGAAUUAAUACUAGUACACGGUGCAUAUUUAAGUGUUGUUUACUGUCACUAAAGGUACAUUGUAUAAUUACUGUAUGUAGAUCCAAUUCAGCUAAAAAGCCUGACGAAAACCUUGUACAUUCAUUGAUUUAAUUAAUUUGUAGCCCUGUCUGCAUUAGACAUACGUGUAUCAAAUGACUCUUAUCUUCAGACUUAUCUUAUUCAUGUACAUGUAUUUUUGAAAUGGGCCACUAUUAUUUUUAUUAUUCAAAUUACCAGUAUAUGUUUU